GCUCCUGGGAUACACCUGACCAGCCGGAUCGAUUCCUCUGAGUUUAAAAGGACUGCAGGCGAUCGUGAGUGAGAGUCGGUGAUUGUCGUGUUUAGCAUCUUCAGUGUGUAAGUGAUCGACGAUGGCGAGCGACGGGCCGGAGGACUGUACCAUCCCCAGUCCCGUGGUACGACAGAUCGAUAAACACUUCCUGAUCUGCAGCAUCUGUCUGGAACGCUACAGCCGGCCGAAGGUUCUCCCCUGUCUGCACACGUUCUGUCAGAGGUGUUUGCAGAGCUCGGUCCCGGCCCACAGUUCGACCCUGUCGUGUCCGGUGUGCCGUCAGACCUCCGUACUGCCGGAGAAAGGCGUGACGGCCCUGCAGAGCAACUUCUUCAUCACCAAUCUGAUGGAGGUGCUGAGGAGGACGCGGGAGAGCGAAUCGGGAGACGAGGAGUUACUGCUGGAGUCCAUCAGUGUCAUCAGUACCGGAGAACAAACGGAGGAGUCGUGUCCUAACCACGCCAAAAACGUGAUGGAGUUUUAUUGCCCCCCAUGCGAGACAGCCAUGUGUGAGGAGUGCAGCAGUAAAGAACAUGCUAAACACCCCACCGUCCCCCUCAGAGACGUCCUACACCAACACAGGACGUCCCUACAGCAGCAGCUCAACCUGGUCAAACAGAGACUGCCGGAGAUCGACUCCGCCCUGCUGGUCGUCUCGGAGAUCCUGCAGCAGCUGACCAAUCAGAAGAGCCGUAUGGAGAGGAAGAUCCACUCCACCUUCGAUGAUGUGCAGAAGGUUCUGGAGGUGCGCAGGAGCGUGCUGCUGAUGGAGCUGGAGGUGAACCACGCCCUCAAAUACAAGGUGUUGCAGAAUCAGCUGGCAUCGUUGCUGCAGGAGCGCGAGAGCAUGCAGAGCGGGUGUGGUCUGGCCGAGCGGGCGCUGGCCGGCAGCUCCGAGGUCCUGCUCUCGGAGAAGCAGCUGAGCGAGCGCCUGAGCGAGCUGGCGAGUCGGGAUCUACCCCUGCGCCCGGAGGAGAACGCCCAGCUGGGCUUCGGGGCCGAGACGGACGGCCUGUGCGACUCCAUCCGGCGCCUGGGUACCGUCGCCACGGGAAGCGCUUCGGCGUGCCGGACGGUGGCCAGCGGCGAGGGUCUGCGGCGCUGCGUGCCCGGUCAGCCCACCUCUGUGACUGUCACUGCAAAGGACCGAGAUGGCACUCCGUGCAGGGCGGGCAGAGCGGCUCUGUCGGCGGAGCUGAGGGGCACGGGCGGGGCUCCUGCGGGCGAGGCCAGGGUCACCGAGGGUAAGGAUGGAACGUACGAGGUCCUGUACACGCUGGAGCGCGAGGGUCAGUACACGCUGGCGCUCCGCCUCCACGGUCAGCACAUCCUGGGCAGUCCUUUCAGCGUCCGGGCCGUCAAAGACGUCCAGAAGAGGGUGUACUCGCCCGGUGUGUGCCACGCCAAGCACAGCGGCGCCAAGUGCACCGCCGGCACGGGAAGGAAGAAGGAGAAUCCGGCGGUGGACGACCUCCUGUUCCGAAUCGGUUCUAAAGGAAGGAACAAGGGAGAAUUUGCCAAUCUGCAGGGCGUGGCCGCAUCCAGCAGCGGGAAAAUCCUGAUCGCCGACAGUAACAACCAGUGCGUUCAGGUUUUCUCCGACGACGGUCAGUUCAGGAGUCGCUUCGGGAUCCGCGGCCGGUCGCCGGGGCAACUGCAGCGCCCGACCGGUAUCGCCGCGCACCCCAGCGGCGACGUCGUGGUCGCGGAUUACGACAACAAGUGGGUCAGCGUCUUCUCCAGCGACGGCAAAUUUAAGAACAAGAUCGGCUCGGGGAAGCUGAUGGGUCCCAAGGGCGUCACGGUGGACCGAAGCGGGAACAUUAUCGUGGUGGAUAACAAGGCCUGCUGCGUUUUCGUCUUCCAACCCGACGGCAGACUCGUCCGCAGGUUCGGCAGCCGCGGUAACGGAGACAGACAGUUCGCAGGUCCUCAUUUUGCAGCGGUGAACCAGAACAAUGAGAUCAUCCUGAGCGACUUCCACAAUCAUUCUGUCAAGGUGUUUAAUGCAGAGGGAGAGUUCCUGCUGAAGUUUGGGACCAGCGGGAAGGGGAACGGACAGUUCAACGCCCCUACCGGCGUGGCCGUGGAUUCAAACGAUAACAUCAUAGUAGCUGACUGGGGCAACAGCCGAAUACAGGUGUUCGACAGUAACGGCUCGUUCCUGUCCUGCAUCGACACCUCGGCCGACCCUCUGUACGGCCCUCAGGGUCUCGCCCUGACCCCCGGUGGACGGGUGGUGGUGGCCGAUUCUGGAAAUCACUGCUUUAAAGUCUACCGCUACCUCUAGUGACCCUUCCUUUUCCUCUCGCCACACUGUCGCGCCCCCCUCGGUUACGUCCGGGUCUCAGGAGCCUCGCCAACUAGCUGCACUUUGUUGAGGAUGGAGGAGGAGCAGGUUGUCUUCACCUGUAGAGGGAACGUUAAUCAUCCAGUAGGUGUGUUUGUUUAGGAAGGAGCUACUGCCAAAGCACUGUGGUGUUAUUUUUAUUAUUGUUAUUAUUAUAUUUUUGGAUGUGUCCACUUGCAGACGUCCGUCGUCCUUCAUUAACUACCAGUUUUGAUCUGUAGUUUAACGGUUAGCUCAAUUGCCCACCAUAAGUCAAAUACAGAGGGCCUAAAUAAUUGUCUGUAUAUUAUUUAUGCUAAUUAUAAUUAUUUAAUGUGAUUAAAUUCAGGAGCAGCUUAUUUAUUAUUUAAAUAAUAAUUUGGUCCAUGAUUAUUGCAUUUCCACUUGCAAAAAAGACACAAAGGAAUUAAAUAAUUAAAACGA